AUGGCCACGACAGAGUCGGACGAUGUGGAGAACAUCACGGAGGGCACAUAUGUGUAUUGGAUGAUGCAAAACGACGACAUAUCGCGAGACCAGCUGGGUGAGGUGUACGGUGUCCUGGAAGAUCAAGUCAAGGUCAGGUUCGCUGGCGGCAAGAUCAAAGUUUCCCCGCAGAAGUUGAACGUCUCUGACUUGCAGAAGGGCACCUUUGUGCACAGCACGCUCGACGACCACGACUUCGACACCAUCGGUCAGGUACUUGAGUUGGACGACGGCAAGCUAGUGGUCGAGAUCAAGGGAGAGAAGAUGAAGAUCAAGCCGAAGUACUUGAUGAGAUGUGACUUUCAAGUCGGCACAUAUGUUUACUGGACGAAGUCUGACGAUGAUAUCCCCGAGGGGCACAUGGGGAUUGUCAUCAAGGACCUUAACGAUGAAGGUCGCGUGAAGGUGCAGUUUCCUAAGGGAGGAUGGCGCUUCAAGCCCAGUCAGAUGGUUCGUGCUCACAUUCAGCCCCUGUCCUAUGUGCAAUGGACGAGCCACGACGACGACAUCGUCAAGGGGGAAAUCGGGCAAGUGCGGUCCGAUGAGCUGAAUGACGAGGGCCGC